CAGUUGGUUCACACCCAUUUGUCCAUUUGGUCACUUGUAAACUCACUUAUUAUUUCAUUUACAUUUAUUUUUUCGCUCAUGACAGGAUACAUUUUUGACAAGUUUAGUUCAAGGCUCUACAUAAAUACUUUCCUGCUCAACAUCAAGAUCAGAAAGAUAUUUUAAUGUUGGCAUCAUAACAAUAUUUUUUAGAACUCAGUCUAAAGAUAACAUUUAAAACAAUACACAUGAAAAAGGAUAUGAUCUCAAUACAAUAACAGUGCUGAAUUAAAAAAUACAAUGGGUCAAACUUUAUGCGAACCAGUGACAACUAAAAAAUCAGCAUGUUGUCGAAAUUACAAUUACUAUGUGGGUAGUUCUUGUAUGCAAGGAUGGCGAAUAAAAAUGGAAGAUUGUCAUGUGCAUAUCCUCUCUCUACCAGAUGACCCAGGCACUGCUUUUUUUGCAGUAUACGAUGGUCAUGGAGGUGCAGCGAUAGCUCAAGAUGCUGGAAAGUACCUUCAUCGAUACAUCGCUAAACGAAGUGAGUAUAAGGCAGGAAAUAUUGUCCAGGCUAUAGAACGAGGUUUCUUGGAAUUGGAUAAAGAAAUGCAAAAUGAUGCAAUACUUAGAGAAGAACAAUCAGGAACUACUGUUAUUGCACUGCUCAUCAAAGAUAAUAUUUUGUAUAGUGCUAAUGCAGGCGACAGUAGAGCAGUAGCAAGCAUUAACGGGAAUGCAGUUCCACUUAGUCGAGAUCAUAAACCUACAUUGAAAGACGAACGUGAAAGAAUUGAGGCUGCAGGUGGUUGGGUCGAAUUCAAUCGUGUUAAUGGUCACCUUGCUUUAUCCCGUGCUCUUGGAGACUUCAUGUUUAAACGUAACAGUUACUUGUCACCACAAAAACAGAUUGUAACAGCUUUUCCUGAAGUCCAACAAUUUCCUAUAACAGAAGAUUGGGAAUUUGUUGUCUUAGCAUGUGAUGGAAUUUGGGAUGUAAUGACGAGCGAGGAAGUAGUCAAUUUUGUAAGGUCUCGCUUAACUUGGCCAAAAGUUGUAGGAAAUGAAAGGGAAAGAGUUAUGGAUCCUGAAGAAAUAUGCGAAGAAUUAAUGAAUUACUGUCUUGCACCAGAUGCUUUAAUGGGUACUGGAUGCGACAAUAUGACAGUUGUAUUAGUGUGCUUUCUUCACGGGAAACCAUAUGAACAUCUUGUUUCACGCUGUCAAAAAUCUAGUACAAAUUCUUAGUCAUUUACAGAUUGGUAUAUUGAUAUUUCUUCCUUUUCUUUAUCUUUCUCACUGUAACAAUUGUUAUUUUUUUGAACUAUCGUCACUAUCAUCAUUAUCUUAUGACGCAAUUUCUUUAUAUCAAAACUUAAGUGUUUAUUAAGGAAGUAUUGAUGUUACGAAGUGGGGAUGAAAAAACGAAAAGGUUGAAUUUUUAAGUAUAAGCAUCUUUCUUUUUUUUUUUUUUUUG